AAUAUGUGUUCUGAUGUGUCUCGGCUGUCCAGUCUGGGGAAGCUUUCAUCAUGCUCCCUCGGCGGUGGGUGUUCCCGUGGGAGUGCCAGUGCCAGUGCCAGUUCCGGUGCCCUCUCCAUAUCCGGUUCCUUCUCCAGUGGCUGUGCCUGCUCCAGUGGCCGUGCCCGUUUCCGAUACUGUGACAGUACCAGCCGCUUUUGCCUAUGGCACUGCUCAGCACUAUGCUCCUGCUCCUGCUCCUCCUCCUCCUGCGAUCUUCAAAUACUCAACGGCCUAUGCUGCCCCACAGCCAGUCAUCAAGUACUCCCUGGGCGCUCCAGUGACCACUACCACCACCACUUACACGGGAUUUGCUGCACCUCCGACUGCUCAUUUUGCAGCAGCACCACCGCCACCACAAUUCGUGGCCAGAUAUGCUGCCCAGCCCACAGGUUACCAGUUUGCCGCCGCCCCCUCCUUCGGAAGAUAUAAACUCCACUUCGGAGCACCACCAUCUCACCAUUCUCCAGCUGCUGUCUAUGGAGCUCCGCCGGCGACAUUUAACGCGCAGGGCUGGUAA